CCCAGCAUCACACUCUGGGUUUUUGGAGAUGAGGCUUCGCAAUAUCCGCCGGAAGCUAGAGGAAGGCCAGCGUCGUUACAGUAGACACAAGAGGUGCCGAGAUGUUGAAGAGAUGUCAAGUUCUGUGCAAUAUGAAGGGGACGGCAGCGAAGUCAGAGAGUUCAUCAACCUGAUGAAAAGGCUGAGGCCUUCUGCAGAAAACAUGUCCUCAAUCAAAUCAGCGAUGCAGAAAACAUUCACCUGGCGUAGGUCGUGGAUAUCCACACAUUCACCCACCAUGGAGGAAAUCUUGCAAGAGUAUCCACGCUUCCUGGAUAUACCGACACUGCUUGAUACAGAGUUUGGUAAAAUGCAUCAAGGAAAGGGGGACCUGUUCCUAAGGCGGUGGGAGGCCAGCAUCAUGCCAAAGCUGAAAGCUGUUGCUGCCAGGGAGAAGGGUGAUGUUGCAUCUCUUGUUGAAGGGAUGGAAGACCAAACUGAAGAUGAGAAGUGCUACAUCAUGUUGGUUGUCCUCACUCAUCUCCUUCCACCAAUUGCAGCAAGCUGCUGUAGCGUCAAGUCUGCCAUUACACAACUCGUUGAUUUUGUGCCGGCAGGAAGUACCAUUGCCUCCCUCUACAAUGCAUCCCAGGAUCCAGCACAGAGCACACAGCCACAACUAGUCAGCAUUGGUCAUCUAAGGGGAGGGUCACAGCAGUACGUCAUUGUGGGCAAGUCUGACAAGUUUGCUAUUCCCUUGGAUGAAGGCCUGGCAUGUGCUGUGGACAAGCUCUUCAAGCUCUACUGGGUAUGCAACUUGGCCUACCCAGCCCCGCUCAGCUCUCCGUUCUCAUUCAUCGAGUACAUUUACGACUUACCCAUGUCAACAAACAGGAGAGCAAAGGUAUUGGAACUCAUUUCAAAAGUCAAGUCUAUUAAUUAG